UAUCCCUAUAAUAAUUGGCAUUAUGUGAAAAACAGAAUGGAGGAUUUUAAAUACACAUUUUUUUGUAUCCAAUUUAAACCUUAUAAAUGUGCACAUCUUUUUAUAUGUAGGGCAUUUAUAGUUAAUCUAGGUGAUAUGCUGGAGCGAUGGAGCAAUUGCAUUUUCAGAUCCACUCUGCAUCGAGUAUUGAGCAAUGGCCAAGAAAGAUAUUCAAUAGCAUUUUUUGUUGAGCCUAGUCAUGAGUGCAUAGUUGAAUGUUUGCCAACAUGUCAAUCAGAGAAGAAUCCUCCAAAGUUCCCUCCAGUCAAAUGCAAAGAUUACCUCUCGCAGAAGUAUAAAGAUACUCAUGCCGACCUCAGUUCCUAUACAUGAUACUAUGCAUACGAAAACAACUGCUCCGGAAACGCUACUGAUGUUGAAGGCAAUUUUAUCCAAAGGAGAUUUUACGAACAUGUGACUUUCAAUUAUCGAUGUUUUGAUUACUUUGUACAUGAAAUUUAGGGUGACUCUGUGUUGAUGUACUUUAGUUCUAUUUGUUCUUGAAGACAUUAUAGUUACACAAAUCUAUAGCACCAAUACUGUGAAUCUGUGAUGCAUGUAUGUGUUUAAAUAUAUAGGGAGAAAUAUAUGUCCAUCGACUAGACCUGCUAGGAUGAAGUACAAUCAAUCUUUUGGCAUACAAGUUGGUUUGUCUAUUGCAUC